AUGAGCUCCUUGCCCCAUGGCUCCCGCGCCUCCAUCGACAUCCUGGAGGAACUCCAGCUGAUUGCAGCGCAGAACCUGGAAAAACUAGACAUCAACAAAUACUAUGAAGUCGUCCAUGAACUGGGCAAGGGCACGUACGGGAAAGUGGACCUGGUUGUCCACAAAAUCAGAGGCACGAAAAUGGCCCUGAAGUUUUUGAGGAAGAAGACCACCAAGCUGAAGAGCUUCCUGAGAGAGUACAGCAUCUCCCUCUACCUGUCGCCCUGCCCCUUCAUCAUCAACAUGUACGGCAUUGCCUUCGAGACAGACGAGUACUACAUCUUCGCUCAGGAGUACGCUCUGGCCGGAGAUCUGUUCGACAUUAUCCCUCCACAGGUGGGACUCCCUGAGACGGUGGCUAAGCGCUGUGUCCACCAGGUGGCGAUCGCCCUGGAUUACCUGCACUGUAAGAAGCUGGUCCACAGGGACAUCAAGCCAGAGAACAUCCUCAUCUUUGACAAAGAGUGCAGAAAGGUUAAGCUGUCAGACUUUGGCAUGACACGGCGUGCUGGCUCUCCGGUGAAGCGCGUGAGCGGUACGAUCCCGUACACGGCGCCCGAGCUGUGUGAUACCUCGCGACACGAGGGUUUCUGUGUGGACUACAGCACUGACGUUUGGGCGUUUGGCGUGCUGCUCUUCUGCAUGCUGACAGGAAACUUCCCCUGGGAGAAGGCCAUGCCGAACGACGGCUUCUAUGAGGAGUUUGUGCGCUGGCAGCGUCGCCGGACGGGCACGGUGCCCUCACAGUGGCGCCGAUUCACCGAUCAUGCUCUGCGAAUGUUUCGUAGGCUCCUCUCCAUCGAGCAGGAGCGCCGCUGCUCCGUCAAAGAAGUCUUCAGCUACUUCAACCAGUGCUGGAUGUUGGACACGCAGAACGGAAACAGCAACAGCAACGGAGGUUUAGCGAGCAGCGCUCCUCCACUGGACAUCAGCUCGUCCUCAUCUGAAGAAGACGUGUUGGUGGACAGACUGAAGCAACAGAGCUUGUCACCUGCCUGCGUGGCAGCAAAGGGAAGCAACAUGAUGGACACCCAUUACUCCUCUAUGUCCACCAACAGCUCACCGUCCUCCACCGGCAGCUAUGAACGGGCCAACAGGGAAAACAACGAAAGGGGACGCAUCCUGGUGGCCACACCCUUCGAGAUCUGCGUGUAG